CCGAAGGCGCUGAUUGGUGGAGCGCGGUGGGUGUUUCCGCAUUCCGCUGCGAGCGCGCACACGAGUCGAGCUCAGCGCGGAGACAGACGCGACGCAUCCGAGACCCUCCUCGAUAUUCCGCUGGAAAGUUGCCCGACCUGACGCCGGGAUGCCGUACAUCCUCAUCAGCACACAGAUAAGACUGGAGACGGGGCCCACCAUGGUCGGAGAUGAAUAUUCAGAUCCGUCUAUCAUGAACUACCUCGGAGCCCGGAAAACCACAAUGCUGGGAAACAACUUCUCAGAGUAUCACGUGGAUGAACCGCCGAGACUCGUCUUGGACAAACUCGACAAGAUCGGAUACAGAGUUGUUAGCAUGACGGGGGUCGGACAGACGCUGGUUUGGUGUCUUCAUAAAGAGACCAGUAACACGCUGUGACUCCAGUGUGUCUUGUAUUCCAGGUAAACAUGGUAAACGAGGUGAUUUAGAUCACGGUAUCGACAUUUAUAUAAGAAAUGAAGCUACAUGUGAGAUGAAAUUAUCUCAAAAAAUGUAUUUGAAAUCUGUCUGAAUUAGCAAUAUUAUCAAUUAUACCAUCAGAAUGUGCUUUGAUUCAUUUGGACACUUUUAUAUGGAAGGAAAGUUCUUUUUGUGACUGUAAUAACAUAAAUGUUUAUGUGCAAAAGGGACGACGUUGCAUCUAUAGCAUCUCGAUAUUCUUUAUCAGCUUGGUUUUAUCUUAAAGAAAUGCUUUGCAAUGAAACAGUUUUUAAAAUUUGUUUUAGCUUUAUUUGUUAUAUAUAGUUUUAAACAGUCUUAAAAUUGUUUGCAGAAUAUGUAUUUUGUGUGUGUUAAUAUUGUUUCUGUAUGAUUGUGUGAGACUCUGUAAUUAAAAAUGAAGUAGAAUAAAGUUUCUGGUUUAAAUUGCUGCAUUUUUUCUCUGAAA